AUGGUUCAACAGCUAGGCGUUCAGCCAUCUCUCGACACGGUGCGGGAGGUGUUGGCUGCGGCAGUCAGCUCUCCGCACCCACCCAACCUCGUCCCCGUCUUCUCCUCCAUUUCCGCCGAGUUCCUGACGCCGUCGAGCAUAUACCUCAAAGUCUCCGCGAAAUCGACAUCAAAGCUCUCCUUCCUGUUUGAGAGCGCAGCAACAACAGAGACAAUUGGGCGAUACAGCUUCGUCGGCGCAGACCCUCGCAAAGUCAUCAAGACCGGCCCCGGCCAUGGCGAAGAGGCGGACCCUCUGCCCAACCUCGAAAAGGAGCUCGCAAAGAGCAGAGUCGCAACCGUACCCUCGAUACAACUUCCUCCCAUGACCGGUGGCGCUGUUGGAUAUGUUGGAUACGAUUGCGUCAAGUAUUUCGAGCCCAAGACACGGCGAGACGAUGUGAAGGACAUCCUAGGUGUACCAGAGAGCUUGUUCAUGCUGUUUGACACAAUCGUGGCUCUUGACCACUUCGCCCAGGUGGUAAAGGUCAUCACAUACGUCAAGGUUCCAGACAGUCUCGACAACUUGGAGCAGGCGUACGAGGAGGCCAAAGCCACACUGAUGAGAUAUGUAACAAUACUCAAGGACAAAGAGGUGCCAAUGCCUGAGCAGGGACCGAUCAAGCUUGGAAACGAGUACAAGUCGAACAUUGGCCGGGAAGGCUACGAGGGCCACGUCAAGGAACUCAAGAGGCACAUCAGCGUUGGCGAUAUCAUCCAGGCCGUCCCUUCGCAGCGCUUCGCACGACCUACCUCGCUGCACCCCUUCAACAUCUACAGGAACCUGCGAAACGUCAACCCCUCGCCAUACCUCUUCUUCGUGGACUGCGAGGACUUCCAGAUCGUUGGCGCAAGUCCCGAGUUGCUGGUCAAAGAGGAGCAGGGCAGGAUCAUCACACAUCCCAUUGCUGGGACCGUUAAGAGGGGCAAAACCCUGCAGGAAGAUGCAGCCCUAGCCGAGGAGCUGUCUAACUCACUGAAGGACCGGGCCGAGCACGUGAUGUUGGUGGACCUCGCUCGGAAUGACGUAAAUCGUGUUUGCGACCCACUCUCCACUCGUGUGGAUAAGCUGAUGGUUGUGCAAAAGUUUUCGCAUGUGCAGCACCUGGUCUCCGAGGUGUCAGGCGUGCUGCGACCUGGCAAGACACGAUUCGAUGCUUUCCGGUCCAUUUUCCCUGCAGGGACCGUGAGUGGCGCACCCAAAGUGCGGGCGAUGGAAUUGAUUGCAGAACUCGAGAAAGAGAAGCGCGGUGUCUAUGCUGGCGCUGUGGGGUAUUUCGGCUAUGGCAGCGUCGAUGGUGAUAAGCAAAUCGAGGGUGCUAUGGACACGUGCAUCGCGCUACGGACCAUGCUUGUCAAAGACGGUAUCGCGUAUCUCCAAGCAGGGGGCGGGAUUGUAUUCGACUCAGAUCCGUACGAUGAGUGGAUGGAGACGAUCAAUAAACUAGGUGCGUUCAUUUGUCCCUCCCUGUGAAUCUUCCCCGUCAAACGGCCGUUCACUGACCGCUGUUUGCAUCUAGGUGCGAACACACACUGCAUCACUUCAGCUGAAGAGAAGCAUCUGGCCGAGCAGACAGACGGCGACGUCGAUACAGACAAAUCGCAACCGCUAGAGGGCGAUGCAAAGCCGCGCAUCAGUGUGGCUGCGUAGAUAGUAACCAGUGACUGCGCCACACGAGGCUGGCGAUGCGCAGGAGUGGUUGGUGAAGUCAGCUCUGAUGUACAGGGUCUGGGCCAUGAUCGAAGCCAUCACAAUCAAGGUUUGGGUUAACGAGAUGACUACCAAAGUGUCGCCAGGCACGACAGGUCAAGACGCUAUAUAGACGUCACAUCGAUAGGCGCUCCUUAGAUCAAACAAGGUU